AUGAAGAGCACAUUAGGCUUAAAGGGGGAGACAUAUUUGCUGCAGUGGCUGCUGCCUAUCUUUGCAGCAGACUUCCCUCUGUUUCUGUCUCUAAGGCUUUUAGAUUUAGUUGUCUUAGGGGGCCUCAAGUGUCUCCUUCAGGCUGCCCUUGCUCUACUUGAAGCUAUUCAGGAGCCUCUCCUCUCCAUGGGGCUGGAUGAGGCCCUGGGCUUUAUUCGGGGUGCUGCUGCUGCUGCGCCUUUUGCUGCACACCCUCAGAAAGAGCGGCAGCAGCGGAAGCAACGGCAGCAGCAACAGCAACAGAUUCAGCAGCAAAAGCAGAAACGGGAGCAGCAGCAGCAGCAGCAGCCCUGGUACCGCCAGGCAUCUCUAUCUGGUCGCAACGGCUUGCAAGAGAUUGAGAUGCAGGAGAAACGUCAGCAGCAGCGCAGCAGCCGAGAGAUGGCUGCAGAAAGCAGCAGCAGCAGCAGCAGCAGCAGUCUUACCCCUAGCGAGGCUUGGCUGCUGCAGCGCAUGCAGCGCUUCCGCGUGACAAACAAAAUGAUUGAGACACUUGAGGCAGCCUAUGCCGAGAGGAAGCCCUGCAAGUUGUGCAUCGAACCAGGGCCAACCAGAGGCUGUCUCCGCUGGCGCGUUGUCUCCGACAUCUCCUGCUGCCCCCAAAUGCAGCAGCAGCCCGGGAGGCAUUCUGCUGUCUCCUUUUGUAUUGUUGACCAUUACUUUGUCCCCGCCUCGAACCCCACAGGCCUUGCACCUGAUAAAAAGGAGGCACCUUGA